UCGUGGGCUGACCCGAGCACCAGCUGUGCAGCGACAACAUGGACAUCAACCUUCAGUCGCAUCGAUUUUACUUCCCCCAGAUCUACUGCGCUGAACCGGGGGCGCAGCCACAGCUCACCGAGUUCAAAGUCAGUGAGCAGAGCAUCUGCCAGGCCCGGGCCUCUGUCAUGGUCUACGAUGACACCAGUAAGAAGUGGGUCCCCAUCAAGCCCGGCCAGCAGGGCUUCAGUCGCAUCAACAUCUACCACAACACUGCCAACAACACCUUCAGAGUGGUGGGCGUCAAACUGCAGGACCAGCAGGUGGUUAUUAACUACUCGAUAGUGAAGGGCCUCAAGUACAACCAGGCCACGCCGACCUUCCACCAGUGGAGAGACGCCAGGCAGGUCUAUGGCCUCAACUUCGCCAGCAAGGAGGAGGCGACCACCUUCUCCAAUGCCAUGCUGUUCGCCCUCAACGUCCUCAGCGCUCAGGACGGAGGUCCAGCUCUCCAGCGCCAUGUCCAGAAUGGACCGACUUCAGAUGAGAUAGAAGCUCAGAGAGCGAGGCAAAUGAUGGAGCAGCAGCAGCAGAUGCAGGCGCACAUGGAGCGAGAGCGACGGUCCUCCAACUCAGGUUCUCCUUUCCAAGGCCACCCUGCUGUGCUCUCCGUGGCCCCACCAGUCAUACCUCCACCAAUGAACAUGGGCGGCCCUCCUCCGCCUCCGCCGCCGCCGGGCCCGCCGCCGCCGUCAGCCAUGGCGCCGCAGCCUCCUCUUCCUCCUCCGCUGCCCAUCGGUGGAGGGAGCCACGGCGACGAACCGCCGGCGCCGACGGGCCUCGCCGCCAUGAUUGCUGGAGCCAAACUGCGUCGUGUCCAAAGACCUGAGGACAGCAGCUCUUCAGGCGCCAAAAAUGAUGCCAACCGAACAAGUGGUGGAAGCGGAGGCCUGAUGGAGGAGAUGAACGCUCUGCUGGCACGAAGAAGGAAAGCAGCUUCAGAGAAGCCUGAGGACAGCCAAAAUGACGACCCAAAUUCUCCGUCGCCCAGCACUCGGAGUGGACAGAACGCUACAGAUGGCGCGAAGAAGCCGUGGGACCGAGCGAACUCUGCAGACCGGGCGAUGGUUUCCAGGGUACGAGCCGCGGGGAGCAGCAGCGACACAGACUCUUUAGACCUCGAUAGAAUGAAACAGGAAAUCUUGGAAGAGGUGUUUCGUGAAUUGCACAAAGUGAAGGAUGAAAUCAUCGAUGCAGCUGCUGUGGCCCCGACGAGGAGGAAGAGGAGGAGGAGGAGGAAGAGGAGGCGUCAGGACCAGAGGCCCAAACUGUGA